AUAAUUAUAAAACUACAUUUAUGGUUACAAUUCUGGGUUGAAAGGCAUGACAGUAAACGAUUGAUCUUUUGUGUGCGUGUGACUUUUCAAAACCAUUCAUAAAAAUAAUACUUUUAUUUUGAAGUAGUGUAACAGGAAGUCUUGCGCUACUUCCGAGAUCACGUUGACAAACACACACGUGUGUGCCCAGCAGCAUGGAUCUUAACAAGUGGUGCAAUUUAAAGUCCGAACCGAGUUUAAAACAUUUGACAGAGGCAGAGUUCGGUGUCCCGAAAGAAAAGCAACGCGUGUCCGUGCAGGAGCUGGUGAAGGCGCACAUUGAGUCAUUUGAUCAGGCAGUUACUGAUGGAUUAUGUCGGGUUGUGGAGGCCAUUCCUCCUAUGGAGUUCAUGUACAAGGGAGACAGGAUCAGUCUGUCGUUUGUGGAGGCCAUCAUUCACACCCCAGCAGUUUCUAAAGGAGGAAUCAGCAGUGACCUGCGGGUCUUCCCUGCUGAAUGCAGAGGCAGGCGCUGUACUUACAGAGGAAAGCUAGUGGCAGACGUGAGUUGGUCUAUGAAUGGCGUUCCCAAAGGAAUCAUCAAACAGUCUCUGGGUAAUGUGCCGAUCAUGGUCAAAUCAAAACUCUGCAACCUUCAUGGUCUCUCACCCAAAGAACUCAUCGAGCAUCACGAAGAAGCUGAGGAAAUGGGCGGCUAUUUCAUCGUUAACGGCAUAGAGAAGGUGAUUCGUCUUCUGAUCAUGCCAAGGAGGAACUAUCCCAUCACAGUGUCAAGACCAAAGUUUAAGAGCAGAGGACAGGGCUACACUCAGUACGCUAUUUCGAUGCGCUGUGUAAGAGGCGAACACACAGCCAUUAAUAUGAAUCUUCACUACCUGGACAAUGGAACGGUGAUGGUGAAUUUCAUUUACCGAAAGGAGCUGUUCUUUCUUCCCUUGGGCUUUGCACUGAAGGAGAAAAUGGCAGGCUGGUUUGUAUCGGUAAAGCUGUCCUUGGACAAGAGAAGUCAGAGAGUGGGUGGACUGACUUCAGAUAGUAUGACCAGACUCUUCAACACGGGUACAGAUCUCACCAGAGCCUUUGAGUAUCUGUUAGCCACAGGAAACCUCCAGUCCAAGACGGGUCUGGGCAUGCUGCAGGACACCGGACUGUGUGUCGUGGCAGAUAAGCUGAACUUCAUCCGUUACCUGUCUCAUUUCCGCUGCGUGCACAGAGGAGCCGCCUUCGCUAAGAUGAGGACCACAUCUGUGAGGAAGCUGCUGCCGGAGUCCUGGGGUUUCCUGUGCCCGGUUCACACUCCUGACGGAGAACCGUGCGGCCUUAUGAACCACCUGACAGCCCACUGCGAGAUUGUGGCCCCAAUGCAUCCCACAACAACCCUGCCUGCCCUGCUCUGCUCUCUGGGUGUAACUGCGGCAGACGGGAGCCCCGGUCAGCCGUAUUCGGACUGUUAUCCUGUCAUACUGGACGGGGCCAUGAUUGGCUGGGUGGAAAAAGAAGUGGCCCCAUCAGUCAUCGAAUCUCUUCGCAGAUUUAAGGUGCUGGGAGAGAGAAGAAUUCCGCCCUGGACUGAGAUCGUUCUGGUUCCUCAGACGGGUAAAGCCAGCUUGUACCCAGGCCUCUAUCUGUCCACGACUCCCUGUCGCAUGGUGCGGCCCGUCCGGAACCUCAGCCUGGGCAAACAGGAGCUUAUUGGCACCUUCGAACAGGUGUAUCUGAACGUGGGCAUCUUCGAGGAGGAGCUGGAGCAAGGAGUGACCACGCAUCAAGAGCUGUUUCCUCACAGCAUGUUGAGUGUGGUGGCAGAAUUCAUCCCAUUCUCUGAUCACAAUCAGAGCCCCAGAAACAUGUACCAGUGCCAGAUGAGUAAACAGACAAUGGGCUUCCCGCUGCAUUCAUACCAGGAACGAUCAGACAAUAAACUGUACCGUCUGCAGACCCCUCAGAGUCCUCUGGUCAGACCUGCGAUGUACGAUCACUACGACAUUGAUAAUUACCCUAUUGGCACCAACGCGAUAGUGGCUGUCAUUUCUUACACUGGCUACGAUAUGGAAGACGCUAUGAUCGUCAAUAAGUCUUCAUGGGAGCGUGGCUUUGCUCAUGGUUCUGUUUAUAAGACUGAGCUCAUAGACCUGUCCGAUAAGGUCAAAGGUGAUGACAGCAUUGUGUUUGGGGUGAAGCCAGAUGACCCCAAAGUAAUGGACAGACUGGAUGCAGACGGAUUGCCGUUUAUCGGCUCCACGCUGAAUUAUGGAGACCCUUACUACAGCUACAUCAAUCUUAAUACCGGCCAGAGUUAUGUGAACUUCUACAAGUACCAGGAGAGCUGUGUGGUGGACAACAUCAAGGUGUGCAGCAAUGACACCGGCACUGGCCGCUUCAAGCGCAUUUGCAUCACAACCCGCAUUCCCAGAAACCCCACCAUCGGAGACAAGUUCGCCAGCAGACACGGUCAGAAGGGAAUCCUGAGCCGCCUGUGGCCUGCGGAGGACAUGCCCUUCACCGAGAGUGGCAUGUGCCCAGACAUCCUGUUCAACCCGCACGGCUUCCCCUCCAGAAUGACCAUCGGGAUGCUCAUCGAGAGCAUGGCUGGAAAAUCCGCGGCCCUCCACGGCCUGUGUCACGACGCCACGCCGUUCAAGUUCUCCGAGGAGAGCUCUGCGCUCAAACACUUCGGCGAAAUGCUGAAAGCCGCGGGAUACAACUACUAUGGCACGGAGCGCCUCUACUCCGGCAUAAGCGGCUUGGAGCUCGAGGCGGACAUCUUCAUCGGGGUGGUUUACUACCAGCGCUUGCGUCACAUGGUCUCCGACAAGUUCCAGGUUAGAACUACGGGAGCGAGAGAUAAAGUGACCAAUCAGCCGCUGGGAGGGAGGAACGUUCAGGGAGGAAUCCGCUUCGGAGAGAUGGAACGGGAUGCUCUGCUGGCUCACGGGACAUCGUUCCUGCUCCACGACCGGCUGUUUAAUUGCUCAGACCGUUCUGUGGCACAGGUUUGCAUGGACUGCGGUAGCCUGCUGUCGCCGCUUCUGGAGAAGCCGCCUCCUUAUUGGUCAAAUACACGCCAUCGGAAAACCAUCUGCUUGCUGUGCAACAAGAGCGACUCUAUUGAGACUGUGUCUGUUCCUUAUGUGUUUAGAUACUUUGUAGCAGAGCUUGCGGCAAUGAACAUCAAAAUCAAAUUAGAUGUCAAGUAAAAUUCUUUGUAUCUUUCUUUGCAUAGAUGGAAAACAAAGUGCCUGAGCAUAUCAUCUUAUUCACUUGAGUGUUUAUAUCUCAUUCGUAUCUCAUUCGAAUGGACUGGUGAGGUGAGCAGUGCCACCGUUUUCUAUCAAUAGCAGGAUUAAUGUGGACUGUUUAAACUUGUGAAGAACAUGUAUAGGAAUUGGAGUCAUAAAACAGUUCUUAUUUGCUUACUCAUAAUUACGAAAAAUACUAUUUAGUGAAUGGUGAAUUUCCAUUUCAUGCCGACUUUUUUUUUUUCUUUACAUACAAACAUCAAUAAACAUGGUAGUUAUGUGUUCAUUGAGCAUCACGUCAAACUGGGGCCUGUACCAUGAAGCCAGAUUAGCUGGCUAGCCAGGUAAGUUUCAGUUUAGUUUGC